CCCUCCCCUCGGCGCUCGCCCUGAUUGCACGGAGUCGGGGAGCUCGCGGCUGCUUCGCACCAGCUCGGAAUUGGGGGGCAGCAGAGGGGAGUGGUUAGCGCAAGGGGGGGGGGGGAAGGACCGGGCGGCGGUGGGCCUUUGUUACGGGCAGCGCUUUGCAACCCGCGCGCGCGGCGGUGGAUGCUCGGCAAAGCCUUUUUUUUGGCAAAAGGGCCGGCUGUACCUUGCCCGGGCUCGCGCAGUCCCUUGGAGGAGCAACAUGCGCGGCGCUGCUGGCUGCCACCUGCGCGCUUGCAUCGGGGGAUCCGCAGCGGCCGCGGCGCGUUCAAUGGGCGGCGGGGCGUCCUUUGUCCGGCGGGAACCCGCGCUCCCUGGGAUCUAGAGCGAGGGGAACCCGCAGCGCCCCGGAGGAGGGAGUCGAGAAGCCCCUGAUGCGCCAAAGCCUGGUUUUUCUGGCACCCUGGAGAAGCCACAGAAAAUGCAAAACAACGAAGUGAUAAAACCUGCCAAGUACUUCUCCGAAGUGGAGAAGAGCGUGCUGCUUGCCCUGGUUGAGAAAUAUAAAUAUGUCCUGGAGUGCAAGAAAAGCGACGCCCGGACGAUUGCGCUGAAACAGAGGACCUGGCAGGCCCUGGCGCACGAGUACAAUUCUCAGCCCAGCGUUUCGCUCCGGGACUUCAAGCAGCUGAAGAAAUGCUGGGAAAACAUCAAGGCGCGGACCAAGAAAAUAAUGUCCCACGACAGGCGAGAUAAGGUCAAAAGGAGUAUCAGCCCCCUCAUUGGUAAUCACGUCCUAAGGAAGGAGAAGAUCGCCAGCAUGGUGCCGGAGCAAGUGUACUUUUUGCAGAAUCCGCCAGACGAAGAUUCGGAAUAUCAGCCAGAGACUUCCAGUCAAGAACCUUUCACCGUCAUAAACAGAGAACUGUGCGACGAAGAGAAAGAGCUCGUCCACUACCAGGUGUGUGAAGGGACCUCGCAGUCCGAGCCGUCUUGCUCGGCGGUCAGACUCACGGGCAGUAAAAACUUCCGCAGCAAGGCCGCUCAGGAAAGCGACCUGAAGAAGAUGCACGAGGAAGAGCACCACCAGCAGAUGUCCAUCCUGCAGCUGCAGCUGAUCCAAAUGAACGAGGUGCACGUGGCCAAGAUCCAGCAGAUCGAGCGGGAGUGCGAGAUGGCGGAAGAGGAGCACCGGAUCAAGAUGGAAGUGCUCAACAAAAAAAAGAUGUACUGGGAGCGAAAGCUCCAGACAGUUGCCAAGGAGUGGCCCGUCUCUUCUUUUAACAGACCCUACCCCAAUUCACCCUAGAGAAUCCGGCAGCACCCGGGCGGUGGGAUUGAACCAGCGGGCUCCCUUAACACAAGGGUCGGGAUUCGCUCAAGUGAAUUUGGUAUCUGUAGUUGAAUGGCUGUGAGAAUGCCUGUGGACAGACAGUAAGGAAAAGCUAAAAAAAAAAAAGGUGGUGUUUAGUUUUUAAAACAGGUUUUGUUUCUUUGCAGGCGGAGUUGGUGUUAAGUGCUCUUUGUGAGGCUUUAAAUAGGCACAAGGAUGCCAUUUCAAAAUCCA